GCAAGUCCGAGCCGAGCGGAGAGGAUCGGGGAGCGGCGCCGCCACCCACCCACCCCAUCGCCUUCGACCUGCUGCUGCUGCUGCUGCUGCUGCUGCCGCCGGCGGGGCGACCCAGCCCGACCCCCUCUCCUCGUCUCCCCUCCCCCUCGGCCACGAGAAGCGGCGGCGGCGGCGGCGGCAGCAGAUCGCAGGGGGCUGAGCAGGGAGGGAGCGCUGAGGUGUCCCCCCUGCCGGGUGGAAUAGGAGGCGGCGGCGGCGCUGGCGGCGGCCGUGGCGGAGGCGGCGGCGGCGGAGACUGAGACGGAGACCGAGACGGAGACGGCUGCCCUAGUGGGAGAGGCGGCGGCGGCAGCGGCCGCGGCGACGACGGCGAAGGAAAAUGCUUGGACAGAAGAGAUGAAUACUAUUUUCACUAAGGCCUAGAACUGCCUAUUGAACAACAGUCCUGAUUAGGUAGUACACGAAUGGCCCAAGGAAGCCACCAAAUUGAUUUUCAGGUUUUGCAUGACCUGCGACAAAAAUUUCCUGAGGUACCUGAAGUUGUUGUGUCCAGGUGCAUGUUACAGAAUAAUAAUAACCUGGAUGCCUGUUGUGCUGUUCUAUCACAAGAGAGUACAAAGUAUCUUUAUGGUGAAGGAGACUUGAAUUUUUCGGAGGAUUCUGGAAUUGCUGGUCUACGAAAUCACAUGACUUCUCUCAACUUGGACUUGCAGUCACAAAACGUAUAUCACCAUGGAAGGGAAGGAAGUAGAAUGAAUGGAAGUAGGACUCUAACUCACAGUAUCAGUGAUGGACACCUCCAGGGUGGUCAGUCCAACAGUGAAUUAUUUCAGCAGGAGCCACAGACAGCACCAGCUCAAGUUCCACAGGGCUUUAAUGUUUUUGGAAUGCCCAGCACAUCUGGUGCUUCAAAUUCAACACCACACUUUGGAUUUCACUUAGGCAGCAAAAGUGUAACUAACCUUUCUCAACAAACUCCCAGAUUCAAUCCCAUUAUGGUAACUUUAGCCCCAAAUAUUCAGACUGGUCGUAAUACACCCACAUCUUUGCACAUACAUGGUGUACCUCCACCUGGACUUAACAGUCCACAGGGAAAUUCUAUCUACAUUAGGCCUUACAUUACAACUCCUAGUGGUACAACUCGGCAGACGCCACAGCAUCCUGGAUGGGUGUCUCAGUUUAAUCCUAUGCACCCUCAACAAGUCUACCAGCCUUCACAACCUAGUCCCUGGACUACUUAUCCUGCAUCUAACCCAGUGUCACAUACCUCAGCACAACAGACAAACCAGCAAGGCCAUCAGACCUCUCAUGUCUAUAUGCCUAUCAGCUCACCUACUACGCCUCAACCACCAACCAUUCAUUCAUCUGGUAGCUCACAGUCUUCUGCCCAUAGCCAAUUUAACAUUCAGAAUAUCUCAACAGGACCUCGCAAAAACCAAAUUGAAAUCAAACUUGAACCCCCACAAAGAAACAAUUCUUCAAAACUACGUUCCUCUGGACCUCGAACCUCUAAUAAUCCCUCCUCUGUCAAUAGCCAUACAUUAACUAGAAGUCAGCCCACUGUUUACAUAGCUGCCAGCCCUCCAAGUACAGAUGAGGUGAUGUCCCGCAGUCAGCCCAAGGUCUAUAUUUCUGCUAAUGCCACCGCGGGAGAUGAACAGGUUAUGCGGAACCAGCCCACACUCUUCAUAUCAACAAACUCUGGAGCAUCUGCUGCUUCCAGGAAUAUGUCUGGGCAAGUAAGCAUGGGCCCUGCCUUUAUUCAUCACCACCCACCCAAGAGUCGGGCAGUAGGCAACAACACCACUGCAACUUCUCCUCGAGUGGUGGUCACUCAACCUAAUACAAAAUAUACUUUUAAAAUAACAGUUUCUCCAAAUAAGCCCCCUGCCGUUUCACCAGGGGUAGUGUCCCCAACUUUUGAACUUACAAAUCUUCUAAACCACCCUGAUCAUUAUGUAGAAACAGAGGGUAUUCAGCACCUCACUGACCCUGUUUUAGCACAUGUGGAUAGGAUCAGUGAGGCCCGGAAACUGAGUAUGGGAUCUGAUGAUGCUGCCUACACGCAAGCUUUACUGGUACACCAGAAGGCCAGAAUGGAACGGCUUCAACGAGAACUUGAGAUUCAAAAGAAAAAGCUGGAUAAACUAAAAUCUGAGGUCAAUGAAAUGGAGAAUAACCUAACCCGGAGGCGCCUAAAAAGAUCGAAUUCUAUAUCUCAAAUUCCUUCACUUGAAGAAAUGCAGCAGUUAAGAAGUUGUAAUAGACAACUGCAGAUUGACAUUGACUGUCUAACCAAAGAAAUUGAUCUUUUUCAAGCCAGAGGACCACAUUUUAAUCCCAGCGCAAUUCAUAACUUUUAUGACAAUAUUGGAUUUGUAGGUCCCAUGCCACCAAAGCCCAAAGAUCAAAGGCCCAAUGCCAAAACACCAAAAUCUCAAGACACAGAGGAAGAUGAAGGAGCACAGUGGAAUUGUACUGCCUGUACCUUUUUGAAUCAUCCAGCCUUAAUCCGUUGUGAACAGUGUGAGAUGCCAAGGCAUUUCUGAGCCACAAGGCCUUAUAUCUUCUCUAAAAAAAUCAUAACAGAUUGUCAAGGAACUAUUCUGUCAUUGGGGAAAAAAUGUUUCAUGGAUACAUAGGAUUUUGCAAAAUUUAAGGUGUGACAAGAUGGUGUUUUGCUUUUGUUAAAUGGCAGCCCACAGAGAUAAAUAAUACCUCAGUGUUGUGUUGCAGGCAGUUGAAAUCCAUCACAUGAAAGGUAAUCUACUGAAAGACUUGGUUGCCAGCUGCCUAAACCAUGGACAGUAUUACCAAUAUCCCAUUACGGAUAACUCUCGUGUUCAAUACUUGAGUGUUCCCACAACUUUUCCCCUAUGUCACUACUGAAUUUUGACGGGGGAAAGGAAUAGAAUGGUAGCUUUUUUUGUUUUUUAAAGCUUUCAGUGAAACACUACAUAAAUGGAAAAAAUUUAAAAGGAACAAGAUUUAAAUAUUUAAACUGUUUGCUGCCACUUAGUGCCAAUGGGUAGGGGAAGAAUUUGACAAUUCUGUGGUACUCUUGGCCUUGUCUUUGUCUUCCCUGAAAACAUCUCUACUCUGUGAAGUUAGCAUCAAUCCAGUCUUGUCUAAAGAUAGGAAGGGAAACAUUGUUCAUUGUCUGUAGAGGACAAAUGGUAAAAUACCCUUGCUUUUCUUACUGUACAUAGCUCUAGAGCCUGCUUUCAGUGACUUUUCUUUAUUAUUUUCUCGUAUUUCUCUAUGUAUAGUGUAAUAGUCUUUUGUUAACUUUCUUUUUUCCCCUUUAGUGAUUAAACAUGAUCCUGCCCUUUUUUAAAGCUUUAUCUGAGAGAAACAGUGCCUUAAAAUAAAAAAGAGCAUUAAUGAAAUGAAACUAUGCACAAAAUAACUUUACUCAUUCUGUGCCUUGCCUUUGCAAAUGCUGUACUGUGAAGACCUGCAGAUGCAGCAUGGUAAAACUGAAAUUGGGAAGAUUUAUGCAUUUAAGUUAAACCUGUACAAUGAAUUUUAUGGUGGGUGACUGAACAGUGUUUUGUCCUUCACAAGGCAACUUAAAACAACAGAUUAUCUUCAACCUACCAAGAGAGCGACAAGAAUAAGCUUGCUUCAUCCACCUGGGGUGUUGCAGAACUUUCAAGAGAUAUUUAUUGAGGAAGUAUACACAAUAUCAAAACCAGCAAUUGCAUCACACAACCUUUUUUUUUUUCUUUUCUUUUCUUUUUUUUUUCUUUUUUUUGAGAGAACUUUAAAUACUUUACUGUUUGGGCAAUCAGUUUCUAACCCUGACUUGGUGGCAAUGUCACAUAUAUUUAUAAAAUGAGGCUAGCUGUAUUUAGGAAAACAGAAGAAAAGCUGGAAAAGGAAAAGCCAACAAGCAGACUUGAACACUGAAGCAAACCUCAAGCAUCUCUUUAUUUUGAUUAUCUUUUAAUAAGGAAAACUACUCAGAUGAUCAGGAAUGUAUGUAAUUGAAUGAAAUCAAGCAAAAGGAAUGACAGUAUGCAUUUAUAAAGGACAACAUGAAAGGAAUUCUGUAGCAGCGCUUAGGAUGAGGCUAAAGGAAGUCUAAAAAUGUAGCAAAAGGCAAGAGACAAAGUAGACUUGUCAUCCACAGGAAACAUUUGCGAGUGGACAUUGUAAAACGGAACAGGAUUAUUACAAGCAGUCUGAGUAAAUGCAAAAGCCUUGAUUUUGAGGGCAUUGCAUUUUGUAGAUGGGAAGAAAUAUGACAAUCCCAAGUAAUUAGGCAGAAGAACCAAAGCACUUGCAUUUGAUGCAUUUUGUUUUUAAAAUGAGGCCUUGUUUUUUUUCAGCUUCAUCUGCAGUUCUAUGUGAAGAUUGAUAAAUCAGUUUUUACCUGUUUUAUUAAUAAAACCUAAUUUGGAUAUCUUGAGUUGAUGGUUUUGUGAUUUAGAUGGGCAAACUGUCUUUGUAACAGAUAAGUUAUUUAUAAAAAUUAAAAAAAGUUAUAUUCUAAUGUUGAAUUUUGUGACUUGUUUUUAACCUGGUAGAACAGUGGGUAAGUGUACUCCAGUGGAACAUUUAAUAAGCAUGUGAACCAGGAAAAGAAAUCGAGAUGCACAAAUUCCAUAUUGUGGUGUUAGACGGGUUCUCUUAGAUUAUUUUUCAUCAGACCAUUUGCCCAGUUUUCUCCACAACAGGUAAAAUAGAAGGUUGUAAAACUAUUUGUUGUUUAUCUUUCAAAUGAGCCAAGACAGUGAACAGUAAGUCUCUUUUUCAUGGUUUGCAGAGGGAGCCUUAAUUUAUACAACUUGUCCUUGUAUUUCUCCCCCAUUUUGGAGACUCACCCCUGUGAUGAAAGUAAGUGAAAAACAGUGUGGAAAGAGGACUAGGCGUGGCAGGAGGAAGCCCAGGCUCACAUCCUGAUUUGGGCAGUCCCUGCCUCUCUAUGACUGUAGAAAAGUGACUUUGCUCCUCUGACCCUUGGUUUUCUCAGCUGCAAAAGAAGGGAUUAAAAUAGAUGAUCCGCUACUAAAUCUUCAGAUUCCUAUAAGUGGUUUCAAGUCACUUAAAUUUUAGUGGAGAUAACUUUCAAAUUUAGACUUUCCAAAAGUUGUGAAUCCCUCUCUUGACCUUAAGAACAGAAACAAAAUAAGCAUUACUCUAAAAUGGCAAUAAAAGACACAUUAUUAAAUAGAACUGGAAAAAGGACUGGGUAAAUUUGUCUUGAAAUGAAAUGCAAUAGGAAGGAGACACAUCUGCUAUGAGGGAGGCUGAUGCCAGCACAUGUUGACGAUCUUUAGUCUACUUUAAAUUAUUGAAUUGAAGUAGAAUGUAAUAAUGUAGUGUAAACAUGAGAUGCAAAGAUUGGAGACUUUGUGUUUCUCAUCAGUAAUUCUUCUUUGGUUCUGGUGUUCUCUGCAUUUAAAACUGUAUUGCUAGGCAGUUGAUGUAAACUGUUUAAAUUUCUCAGGGAAACAUGUCUGUGAGAUUUGUCAGCUUUGCUCUUCUCUACCAAUAGCUAGCACACAUUACUAAGAUGCAUUUCAUAUUGCAUGUUUCUUUGUCAAUAUCUGGGUGUUGUUGUUUUUUUUAAUUUCGGUAGAAUUGAUUAUACAUUUCUUUAGAAAUUCCAGCUGCUUUUCUUAAAUGAAUGACCAAUCUCAGCUACAUCCUACUCUUGGUUAUUUUAAUAAUGAGAGGUAGGAAUUAGGCAGUUUCACAAAAUACAUUGACCAAAAAGGAACUUAUUUUAGCCAUUAGUUUUAACCUGUUAGUUUUAUGGUGGUUUUUUUUAAAACCAGUACUGCACUAAAAAGUGAGAAAAUUGAAUGAGUUGAUCAGUUUUUCCCAUCCCUGUUAGACAUCAGCAGAGAUACUAACAAGCAGUGAAACAACUAAAAGUAAAAUAGAAAACGUAUUCAUCCCUCAAUUAAAUUUAGUAGUUGGCUAUAUGCUUUCAGUUGUAUUAAUCCAGUAAUUUGUUUAAGAAGCAACAACUAGGCAGAUGACUGAUAUAUGUGAACUCUAUGUCAGUAUUUGUGAUCUCAUUAUAUUUCUACUAUUCUAGAAUACUAGAAUUCUAUUUCUAGUCAUCUCUUAGUAUGUCUAGUCAUCUCUUCAUACGUCAAGUGGAAUCAGAACAUUUUUAAUUUAAAAAGAUAAAAUUACAUUAUUAAUAUCCAUUUUACUUGAAGAUUAAAUGGCUCAAGACUACCUAUUAAGUCAAGUUACUUAUACAUGGGUUAAAUGUAAUUGAGCUAGCUGGAGAAAAUAAAGUGCCUCUUCUGAGGGAGGACAGUUAACCAGCUUUGUAUUUGUUAAAUUGGGGGGGGAGGGUUGCCUGUGUGAUAUCUUUAGGGAUCUGGCAUUAAAGGGCAAUUUUUAAUAGUUAAAAUUUGUAUUAAAAUGUCAAGUAUUGUGUCAUUUUAGUAUAUUUAUUAAGUGAUUAAUUAGCUUUCUACAUUUCUGGCUUAAAGUCAAUUAGACUAAUAGUUAUAUAGAAGGAAUGAAUUGCUAUAUAACUAGGAAAACAUGAGACCAGUAACAAUUCCCUUAAAACUUCUACUUUUAUAGAUAUAAAUGUAUGUAAAUAAACAUUAAAGGCAGCUUAGUCUACUGGAUAGACAUACUACUAGACUCUGGGAGCCAGAAAAGUCAGAACUGUAUUCAGGUUUCACCAUUAAUUUACUGUGUCACCAUAGGAAAGUUACCUACUCUUUUUUUUGUAGGCUUCAAAUCCCUUUCUUUUAAAGUAGAAAUAAAACCUACUAGGACCCUACCCACCUCACAGAGAUGAUGUACAGAUGAGUGCAAGUUAUAAAGUUCUCUAAGCUCCCCAGAGCACUAUUUUCAAACAGUGGAUUCAUAUUUGCAUCUAUGAAUCAUGUGUGGGGUUUUGCCAUUUUGUGAACUUUUAAGAAUUUUUAAGUUUUUAUCAACAGUAAGUACUAAUUACAAAGGUAAGUUUUUGCCAUGUAUCUCUGGAGUUACUAUGGGGCAUCUUUUCAGUGGAUCAGAUUUGCAGUUUCUGUAAUUGAGUUCUUUCUCCCACUUAAUUCCAGGGUUAGUUGCUAAUGGAAAGGAUUAUAAAGUUAUUGAAGAUUAUCGUGAAGGAUGAAAGUGUUUUUAUAUUUUUUGUUAAAUGUCCAGCUAUCUAAAAAAUGUACUUUUAUGGUGAAGCAUAACAGGUAAAUUACCUUCUCCAGGAAAAUAAAUACUUUCUUCAAAGGAAUUGCUUCAGUGUUUGUCAGCUCUGCAUAUUUGUUUCAUACUUAAAACUGACCCAGCAGAUAUACUUCAAUCUGUUGGCCUUCCAUUUGCACCCUCUUACACAUUUCCCUUUUCCUCCUGAAGAGGACAUUGCUUUCCCACAUCAUCUAUGUAACAAAACUACUGUAACACUCGGUCCAAGAAUGUUUUACCCCAUCUCCAUGGUACAAUGUAAAGAAUUGUUAUUUGAGGG